UUUCAGAUCCCCCCACCCUCCAUAUUCUACUUUAUUGUUUCUUCCUUUAUCUUUCUCUAUUUUCUAAUUACAUAAAAAAAGAAAUGACACAAAUAUUAGAAUCUAGAAAACCAGAACCUUACAUUAAAUCGUCUUGCAAGAAAUGUAUUACACCCAUUGAAUUUUUACCGGAAGGACAAAGUGUGGGUCAAAAGGUGUCUGUAAAGUGUUGGGCGUGUGAACAAGUUGAAACGUACCUCGUUACAGAACAACCUUCGAAACCUUCCACCGCUAAACCCAAAACCAACACUCGAAAAAAAGGCACAGACGACAAGCCCGUUUCGAUAGAAUAUUAUGAAUUACUUGGCAUUUCACAUACGGCAACAGGCGAUGAAAUUAAAAAAGCCUAUCGCAAAAUGGCCAUCAAGUAUCACCCUGAUAAAAAUCAAAACGAUCCUACAGCUGAAGACAAGUUUAAGAAACUCUCUGAAGCUUAUCAAGUACUUUCUGAUCCCAAAUUAAGAAAACGAUACAACGAAGUAGGAGAGGAAAACGGUAUUAAACCUGACGGAGGUUUCGGUAAGUUCUUGGGGAUUCUUUUAUUUUUGAGGCAGGUCUCAACGGAAGAAAAAAAGUAUUUACAGCUUCUUAAAAAUGUAGUUGAUCCCGAAGAUUUCUUUAAACAAUCCUUUGGCGGUGACCGAUUCCUGGACAUUAUAGGUGAAAUCUCCAUUGGCAAGGACAUGCGUGAUGCGCUUGAAACUGCCGAAGAAGGCAACGAGGACGACCUGUCCCCCGAGGACAAGGCUGCACGCGAAGUACAAAAGGUCGAAUCCGAACAGGAACGCAACCUGGUCCGUUUAAAGCGUGUGGAAAUUCUCGCCGACAAACUUGUGACCAAGCUCAACACCUACGAUCAACACAACCCACAACGAUUUGUGGACGCCGUGAAAAAGGAAGCAGAGGAUUUGAAGCUGGAAAAUCAUGGUGUCGAACUAUUACAUGCCAUUGGCUACGCUUAUAACAUGAAGGUCAAUCAGUACAGUAGUAAGAAAUUUGCCUUUGGCUUGGGUGGUAUGUUUCAUUCGAUGAAGGAAAAGGGUUAUAUCUUUAGUCAGACAGUGGGCACAUUACGUACUGCCUAUGACUUGCAAUCCACAUUCGGUGAACUUCAAAAGGCUGAGGAAAAUGGUGUGACAGAGGAAGAAAAGGCAAGGCUGGAGGAGGCUGCUGCCAUCAAGGGUUUACAAGCCAUCUGGCGUGGCUCCAAAUUGGAAAUCGAAAGUGUCUUACGUGACGUCUGUGAUAUCGUCUUGGAGGAUAAAAAGUGUACAAAAGAAGAGCUCUCAAACCGAAUCCAUGCAUUAGGUAUCAUUGGCUCCAUAUACCAAAGCGUCAUGCCUGAACCUAUUCCUGACGCUGUUUAAUUUUUUUAUAAUAAUAAUAAAAAAAAAAUGUCGGAGGGGGGCUGAAAGGACAUGAUAAAAAAAGAGUCAUCGAAUUUUCUAUUGGCUCUGAGACACUAUAUAAUACCUUUUUUUGCACUAA